AAGUGGAAAACAUGUUUUUUUGUUAGCAACAUGCAACUUUAAACGUCCAAUCUUAUUGUGAUUAACUUUAAUUAGUUUUUUAAUUUGCUUAGCAAUUUGUGAUAUUGUAAUUUGUUAUGCCAGUAAAAAUGAGUAAUCGUUUUAUUUCACAUCGGAUUAAUCUGUUUGAGCCAGAUCUGUUGUUUUCAAUAAAUUGUCUAUCCUUGAAUUCAAAGGAAAACAAGCUUGCUGUUUUACGUCGGAGUUUGCCAAAAGAUGAUGUAUUACAAUCAAAAUCAUCAACAGCUAAUAUUGACUCUCUAUUGUCACACAGUGCUAUAGAAAUAUGGCAAUCAAGUGUUGAUCAUUGUUUAACUCUAUCGCAGGUAAUUUAUGAAGAUGAGGACGAUCCAUGCCUUCUUGAAUCUUUAGGAUGGUCUUAUGAUAACCGACUAUGGGCUUGUGGAUUGAAUGGGCGCCUUCAUAAAGUUGAUUUAGUUAAUGGUACGAUAAAUACAGGGUUUCCUUUGGUUUCUGGAGCUGGUUGGUGUUUACAAUUUAAUGGAGAUAGAACAUUGGCGGCGGUUGGAACAGAAACUGGUUAUAUUAAUAUAUUCAAUUUUGCUAUGGCUGAACAAGAAGUAAUGGACUUUGAGUUUGUUAAGACAUUGGACCGAGACCAAGCCAGAAUUAUGUGCAUUUCUUGGUAUGAACCAGAUAAUGAGGAUAAGAGGAUAGUCUCAGGAUCGGUCGGUGUAAUCAAAAUUUGGAAUUACGAAUCUGGAUCCUGCUUGAAUGUAAUAAAAGCAAGUGCUGCAACCACAAUUUUUUGGUGUUUAACCAUUAUCGAUGGUUUUACAAUAGUCUCUGGUGACUCUACAGGCAACACUUCAUUUUGGGAUGGCAAAAAUGCAAUUUUAAUCAAUUCAAUACCCUCUCAUAAAUCUGAUGUCUUGUGCCUAACUAAAACACAAAAAAAUCUAAAAAAUUUAAUUUAUUCGUCUGGAAUAGAUCCUAGUGUAAUUACGUUCAACGUUGAUUCUAAUGGUAAAGGAGUCCAAUCAGCAACAUUACAUCUCCAUAGUCACGAUGUUCGAUCUCUUGUUUUCACCAAAGAAUGGCUCAUAUCAGGAGGAUUUGAUUGUUAUCUUACCCAAGUUUGUGCCUUUCCUCCAAAACAAGUACACCAAGCUCCAGUUUUAACUAACAUGAUACAUAUUCAUAAAGAUCAUAUGCUUUUCCAGUAUAGUAGAUCUUUAGAGCUUUGGAAAAUUGGAUCAACCACUCCGAACAAUAAUGCCAAUAAUAAUUAUCAGAAUGAAAUUUUGGCCUUAGGUGAUGCAAGUCAAUUACCAUUAACAAAAGAACCUGUCAAAAUUGUCAACAUAUCAACUAAACGUUUAAUACAUCAGUCUAAUUUUUCUGGACCAUGGAUUGUCUAUUCUAUCCUAGAAAAAGUAAAAGUUUUACAUUGUUCUGGUGACACUAUUACCAAGGUUCCACUUCUAUGUGACCCUAUUUUUGAAGUUAUUACUGGCUUACAAUUUGUUGAUGACAAAUAUUUACUUCUAUCUACUGGACUUAAAAUUUACGUCUUCAAACUUGCAAUUUCAGGACUUGUUUUAGUUACACAAUUCAAACAUAAACAUAGAAUCGUAAAGAUGGCAACUUCUAGUGAUUAUGUUGCAUUAUCAUUGGAAAAUCGUUCUGUUGUUAUAAACAAUACAGCUGAUUGGUCUCGAGUCGUUCGAUUCAAAGCAAACUCUAUACCUACCUGCUUUACUUUCAACAUCCAUCAGAAAGACCAUCUUUGGCUUGGUUUUUCUAAUCAUCUCAUCAUGAGUUACUCCAUUCCCAAAAAUGAAUUUACAAAAUAUUCAUACAAUGAACCAAAUCAAUAUCUACCAUUAAUCGGACUAACAUUUCACCCAAAUGGUUUCAUUGCUUAUGAUCAAGAUCGUUUAUAUCAUUAUAAUGGUUCUUCUUGGACAUCAUCAGAUCGCUACUCUCACUUAGCCAAGGUUGAAUACUUGCCUGAAAAUCAAGAAUUACUUGUGAUUGAAGUAACAUCAAGUAUGAUUAAAAGAAAACUUCCAAUUAGAUUUUCAAAGAAAAAAUUUGGAACUUAAAAAUAAAUAUUUUCCUAAUGCCAAGAUUAAGCCGAUACUCAAUGUUUUCUUCAUUUUUUCUUGCGACUAUCGUUAUACUGGAUACAAAAGAAGUCCUCGACUGGUUUUGAUUGAUUGACAAUCUAAUCGUGUAAUAAUAAUACUAUCAGAGACAAACCAAGUGAUAAUCACAUCAUGAUUAAACGAAAUAUUUUCUCAAUAGUAAAACAAACAAUUGUUAAUCCUUGAAAUAUUGUCAUAUUCGCGUAACUAAUCUCUUUGCCAGCUAAUAAUGGAUCAACACAAAACAAUACAAUACAACUGAUUAACUUGUACGUAUCAUGACUGGAAAGAAAAGCGUAGAAAAUUCAGAGACCUCUCCAAAAGCCAGGAUAGCUAAGUUCCUAGAUCAGCCACUGAGAUGUGACUCUUGGUUGAUGUGACAAAAAAUUAAUAUAACUUGGCUCAUGAAUUAAUAAAUCAAUCGAAAAUAUGUUUAAAAAAAGUUCCUCAACUUUGUAACAUUGCGAUCGUUAGGUGUAGUGAGCUGAUUUAUUGACAAUCCUUUAUGAAAUAUGAUUGCAUCUCUUUCACCACUUUUAAUUUUGAUCAAGUUUUCCUGGUAGUGAAAAUUAAUCAACUGGAGAUAAAGAUGACAGAAAUCUUUCAAAAAGGAAAGACUUUAACGAGAUGAAGGAAAGUAUACCAAUCUUUAAUAAUGAAUGAUAUUCAAUUGAAUCCUGUUAUGUUACCACGAUGAUGAUUAAAAUGAUUUGGCAUCAUUAUCUUCAAAGAAACCUUUUAAAAAGAUCUCAUUUAGUUGAAUUACAAAAUAUCCAAAGAGGAAAUAAACCAUUUAAAGUUGAUAAUCGGAGAAAACCAUUUAACUCUAAUGAAUCCAUCUAAAUGUAUUUUUUAUCCAUAUUUGUAUUGAAAGGGUCAACACAUUAUCUCCUUGUUAACAAUUUAACUGAAACCAAAGUUUUCCUUUCAAUUCUUUCCAUAGUAACAAUCUUUUAUGACAAAUAAGCCAUCAUCAGCAUCAGCAUUAUCAUCGGGAAUUGUAAACUAUCAUCAAGAUUCUGUGACUAUCACCAUUGUAGUCUCAAACAAAAACCAAGAAAAUGUUAAUCAAGCAAGAUAAUGUAUCAUUAUUAUUCUAAUCAAUUAUAUAACUCAAUAAUUUUCAUACUUGAACACGACAAAAAAAACAAAGAUCGUAAAAAAAUGCAAUAAAAGACGACAGGAAAAAAAAGUUGAACAGCAUAGGGAAAAGGACGCGAGACAAUCAACACUAUCUUUAUAUUUAAUAUUAAGUACGCCUUGAUUAAGCCAGUGAUGAAAGGAACCUCAGAAUGAUUACAAUUAGUCGAUUGAUUCACCGAAACAAAAAGAUUGGAAACUUGAUCGAGAUAAGAUUGGGUAAAUAAAGAUGUCUCUGGUAAUCUUUGCCUGGUUGUCCUUUAUCCUUUCAGUAUCAUAUGUUUAUAACUAGUAAAAUGUCAACAGAGGGCGAUACAAAUGAUCGUCCUGAUCGAGUUGGAAUGUUUUUUCUCGAAAAAUAGAGAAAAGAAAGAGAAGAGAGGAAAGAGGAAGAGAAAUUAAGAAGCGCAGGCUAAGAAUGGAUGAGAUGGUGGAGGAGGAGGUUGUGAUAGUCAGAAGGAUGUUUAACUGAUAACCAUAGAGAGAGGAGAGUUGUUACCUUUACAUAGAGAGGAGUAAAAAAUCAACAACAGUUAUUUCCAACAGUAAUCAGUAUUUUUUUUCCUGGUUAACCCCGAAUCCCUAAACCUCUCUCCCUCUCCCUCUCUCUCUCCUCUCCUCUUCUCUCUCUCUAUCUCUCUCUCUCUCACUAAUCUUUAUAUCAGUGUUUAUCUCUUUCAUUUUCACACAAGUAAACACACUCACUUUCUAUGUGUAAUACAAAUUCAGCAACAUUUGACAUCAACUGUGAUACCCAACACUACAGAACACACAUUUUCUGCUUUUCCCUCUCAACAUUCUCAUCUUCUCCCAUCUGUAUAUUAUGUAAAUAACUGUUUCUUCGUCGUCCUUGUCUCAUCAUCAUCAUCAUCCUCACCACCAUCAUCACCAUCACGACCAACACCACUACCACCACCGCAAUCAUCAUCAUAAUCACCAUCUUCUGGAUUUUUUCAAAUUUCAUCAUCUAUCAACAUCUUCGUCUCGUUCUCAUCCUUCAAAACCAACAAAAACCACCAGCUUCAUUAACAAGGAUCAACAAAAUAUCUCUAUCAACUAUUUAAAUCAUCUUUUCUCAACCAAAUCUCCCUCUCUAUAUAUAUUUAUGUUUCGUCUCUCAUCUUCUAAGUUAAUAUUCUCAUCAAUUUUGAUCAUCUCCUAAUGAAAGUACUUAAUGAAACAAAACUGGUUGAACUUGUUACCUAAUAUUAACCCUGUGCACCAGUUAUUACAGUGAUAUACAAA